CUUUUCCCUCUACUUUUUGUAAUUUAGAUAAUCAAAAACAUUAUAAUCACGAUGGAUAUUGACGUUGAAGCUAUGCUUGAUGCUCCCUAUCAAGAAAAGAGAGAAGAACAACCUAGAGAAGAUGAUCAACGUAGUCCUAGACAUCAUUCUUCACACUCUCAACAUCGGUCUGAUUCUCGUCACCAUUCUUCUCACCCCCGAUCACAUUCCCGACACAGUAGUAGGAGAUAUCGCCGCUCCUCUCGAUCAGUCAGUAGAGAAAGAAGACAUCGACGUUCUCCUUCUCGUGAAUAUAAAAGACGUAGCAGAAGUAGAAGACGCGGUAGUCGAAGCCCACCCUCUAGAAGACGUAGCCGAAGCCCACCCCCACUUCAUGAUAGGUAUAACGAUAGAAGAAGGACUAAUAAUAGAAGAGGAGGCAGAUCACCUUCACCUCCAGUCCCUGAGGAGGACAGAGAUAGAAGAACGGUCUUUGUGACUCAACUUGCUGCUCGUUUAACCACUCGUGAACUCGAGGACUUUUUCUCUCAAGCAGGACGUCUCCGUGAAGCCAAGAUUAUUACAGAUAGAAAUUCAAGAAAGUCUAAGGGUGUUGGAUAUGUCGAGUUUUACGAGGAAUCCUCUGUCCAAAAUGCGCUCGCAUUAUCAGGCCAAAAACUUUUAGGUAUUCCCGUCAUUGUGCAAUUAUCUGAAGCGGAGAAGAAUAGAUUGGCCAUGCAAGCUCAAAGAAACGCAUUGGGAGUUACAACUGAACCUUUAUACCAAAGAUUAUAUGUAGGCUCACUUCAUUUUAGUUUAACAGAUGAUGAUGUACGCCAAAUCUUUGAACCGUUUGGAGCUUUGGACUUUGUCAAUCUUCACAAAGAUCCUGAGACUGGCCGUUCAAAAGGGUUCGGUUUUAUUCAAUACAAAAAUGGUGAAGAUGCAAAGCAAGCAUUAGAAAAGAUGAACGGCUUUGAAUUAGCCGGUAGAAAUUUAAAGGUGGGUCUUGUUACUGAAAAGAAUACUUUAGCUUCUGGAGGUAGCUACAAUCUCGACGACGAAGAAACCGAGGGGGUUGCUUUGAACUCUCUUUCAAGAGCCGAACUAAUGGCAAAACUGGCUGCUAGAGAUCCUAGUGACGAACAUGAGGCGCCUCGUCGUGUGGCACCUGCUCCUAUUGCUCCUCGCAAACCAUUUAUCCCAACAAGUUCUUCUCGCUAUGUCAUGUUAAAUAACAUGUUUAAUCCUGCAGAAGAAACAGAGCCAGAUUGGGUAAGCGAUCUUGAAUCAGAUAUUAAAAUAGAAUGUGAACGUUACGGACCUGUCGAACAUAUCAAGGUCAAUGCUGAUUCAAUGGGCGAAGUUUUCUUAAAGUUUGAUACGGUGGAGUCUGCAGAAAAGGCGAUCAAUGCAUUGAAUGGCAGAUGGUUUGGUGGUAAACAGAUUACUGCUUCCUACGUCUCGGAGGCCAUAUUUAACGCCAAUUCGAUGUAAAAUGAUAAGGAAAAAAAAAAGUUUACUGAAACAAAAAAAAAAAAGAGCAACAAAACACAUACAAAAUAACUUUAUAUUUCUAUUAGUGUUUUACUAUAUUAUCUUUUCCAUCUUCCACUCCCAUUUUUGUUUUUUAUUUUAUUCACCCAAAGUUUCUAUAAUAGGUUUCUUCAAACACCAAUUGCCUCGCUUAAAAAUAAAAAGGUUGCCAAAAUGAAUAUGUUAUGACC